GACAGUUCUCGACUGUGUAUGGUGCAAGCAGGCCGGGCGACGACGACUUACCGCCUCAAGCUGGUGCAAGCCACAGGAUACGUGCUGGCGUCCGGGUGGGAGUACAUAGGAUGCCCCGCACCGAGAUCUGGUACGUCGGAGGCUGGGACGUCACUGUCAUGGACGGGCACGCCGUGCUGCCCGACGGCAUGACGCACCUGCCUUCUCGCGCUUUCCGCAACCGAACAGAACUAGUCUCGGUCGCGUGUCCGAGCGGCCUCAUGUCCAUCGGCGCGGACGCCUUUUCCGGCUGCACCUCGCUGAUCUCCGUCAAUCUCCCCUCCACUCUCACCUCGAUCGGCAUCGAAGCCUUCUACUUCUGCCGCCGUCUCGCCUCCGUCACCCUGCCCGCCGGCCUAUCCAGCCUCGGCAACAACGCCUUUGAGGACUGCGACUCGCUCGUGUCCGUGAGCCUCCCCACCGGCCUGACGUGCAUCGCCGGCAAGACAUUCAAGGGCUGCUCCGCCCUCCGCUCCAUCGCCCUCCCCGCCGGCGUCACUACCGUGGACAAGCAGGCCUUCCGCGGCUGCACCUCGCUUGCUGCGGCGGUCCUCCCUGCGAGCCUGGCGGUGAUUGGCCGCUUCGCCUUCUACGACUGCUCCUCCCUCGCCCGCGUCGCCCUGCCCGCCGGCCUCGCCAGUAUCGGUGCGGGAGCAUUCGACGGCACCGCCCUCACCCGCGUCACCGUGCCGACGACCGCCACCAUCGGAAUGGGCGCCUUUGCGCGCGUCGCGCCCGCCUGCACCACCGUCCUCCGCCUCUCGCCCGACAGCAUGCGCCCGCGGCAGCUGUGGUAUGCGGCGGUGGACCUGGUUCUCGCCUACAAGCGCUGCCGCGCCGGCCUCUACGGCUGGCUCGAGCGGGCCAACAUCAGGCUCGGCUCCUACGGCCCGGACGGCGCGGCGCGCCAGCGCGACCGCGAGGCGUUCGAGGGCGACUUUGGGCAGUGAGGCCCCUGGGUGAGAGAGGU